AUUGUUAUCGUUUUUACAAUUGUUAAACUUCCACGAGGCAGACAGAUCCUUAUUUAUAUUUAUAUAUUCACGGAAAGCAGACAUGGUAUCCCAGGAACAGAUCAAAGCCAUUGGUAGGGUGCUUAACAAUAAAGAACGUCCACUCAAGGAGCGUUUUCGUGCACUUUUUACAUUAAAAAACAUCGGUGGAGGCACUGCCAUUGAAGCAAUUAGUAAAGCAUUUGAUGAUGAUUCCGCAUUGCUUAAACAUGAAUUGGCCUACUGUUUGGGACAGAUGCAAGACAAUCAAGCAGUUGAAAUAUUGACAAAAGUGCUACAGGAUACCAGCCAAGAGCCCAUGGUACGUCAUGAGGCUGCCGAAGCAUUGGGUGCCAUUGGCCAUCCCGAAGUUCUUCCUAUACUUGAGAAAUACAAAGACGAUCCAGUUAUUGAAGUGGCCGAGACUUGUGCCAUUGCCCUGGAUCGUGUGCGCUGGCUGCAGACUGGACAACAAGUGGAAGACAACAAUCCGUAUGCAUCAGUGGAUCCGUCGCCGCCCGCAGCAGGAACAAAAAGCGUGCAAGAGUUAAGGGCAAUUUAUUUGGAUGCGAAACAGAGUCUCUUCGAUCGCUAUCGAGCCAUGUUCAGUCUGCGAAACUUGCGUACAGAAGCAAGUGUUUUGGCCAUUGCUGAAGGACUUAAGGACAAGUCAGCAUUGUUCCGGCACGAGGUAGCCUUUGUGCUUGGCCAGCUACAGGAUCCAUGCAGCAUACGCUAUCUACAGGAGAAUCUCGAAGAUCGCCAUGAAAAUGAAAUGGUUCGUCAUGAGUGCGCCGAAGCUUUGGGCGCCAUUGCUACUGAGGAAUGCAUUGGGAUACUAAACCGUUAUGCCGAUGAUGACAAGCGAGUCGUGAAGGAGAGCUGUGUCAUAGCCCUGGACAUGUGCGAGUACGAAAACAGCCCUGAGUUCCAGUACGCCGAUGGUUUGACCAAGCUCGACGGAACCAAGUGAUGCUAAUCUAAGAAAACUAUUCACUAUUGUAUAUAAUAUUUGUAAACAAAUGUAUUUGUAUUAUUCGUAUAUCUAAUCAGAACAUUGGCGAGAUAAACUAUCAGAACGUGACAUUCAACACGUCAUCUGUUGCAGUCAUCAGAAUUUCUGAGAAAUUGCAUGUCGUAAGUUUUUAUUGUAUGUG